AAUCUGCGGGCACUCGUAUGGUAUGGGCCCUGCCCCUUGCCUGCACCGGAGAUCGUCGAAGCACUUGCGAAAGCAUGACCUUUGUUUCGACGGCUUUCCCUGCCACACAAGUCAUUCUGGACCCUUCAAUUGGGCGCCAUUGAGAGCCUGCAAUCCGUCACUCUCAGUGGAACACAUAUGGGGAACAUAUUCAUGGAAUUGCAAAACGUGCCUGCCGUAGACAUUGGUGCGGCCAGAGACCUACAAGAGCUCCAUCAUCCGGCCUUGCCGCUAGACUCUAUCCCACCCCAUGUCCUACCCCAUCUUACGCAUCUCGAACUACUAUGGGUAACGCCUGCGGAGCUUGGAACCUUUGGCUCAUUCCUUCAGCAAGUUUCUCGGCUGCAAUCACUCACGAUCAAAUGCUCUCGCCAAAGUGUGGACUUGCUGCUCUGUGCAUUGGCACAGGCACAAGGUUGCAUCCUCCGUUUGACCUCAUUGGCCUUGAUUGAUCAAGAUGAAUUCCGCAUCCCGGCUUUGACAUCGGGAGAGCUCCAGAUGCUCUUUGACGUCUUCAAACAGCUGCCUGCCUUGCGACGCUUCCGCACUUCGUUUCGCUGCGAAUAUAAGCACUGGGCAUGGUUCCUGGAUGGUCUGUCCGUUCUCAAGGACCUCGAGGUCCUGGGAGUCGAAAUGAAUAUAUCAGAAGCCACUACUCGCAAUACGAUCAACACCUGGGCACAGCAACUGCCAAGUGGGUUUACUGCUCUUGCAAUUACAGCCACUACCGGGGAGCAUUCACAGCAGGAAGCUUCCAACAGUUGUGGUCGCGCUGUGGUCAGCUGGAAUACUUCCAUACGUGGUUCCAGGCAGAUGACGGACUUCAAGAGUUGAUCACCGGUGCGCGAUCGCUGAAAUUGCUGGGCCGCGACGAGCAGUUGUAUGAUAUUGGCUAUGAGGAUGGGACGCCGAUCGUCU